AUAAGCCACCGUCGCCUUUCAGCUGCACACCACCAUGAAAGUUCUGAUUCUUCUGGUGUGCCUCGGCACCGCGCUCUCCAUCGAACCCGAAUACGGCGUAGGUCAACGAAAAUUCAAAGUUUCCGACAAGCUCUUCCUGGAGCGGCAACGCGACCUUCUGCACCUCUUCCAGUUUAUUAAUCAACCCGACAACGAUGCCGAGCACCUGAAAAUCUCCAAGACGUACUCGAUCGAGGACAACAUUGACGCCUAUAUUAAUUCCACGGCGGUGAAGAAGUUCGUGGGGUUGUACAAACAAGGGUUGCUACCAAGGGGUGAGAUCUUCUCGUUAUUCUAUCAAGCGCACCUGGAGCAGGCUAUCACUCUGUUCAAACUGUUCUACUACGCUAGAGACUUCAACACGCUGUAUAAAACGGCAAUUUGGGCUAGAAACAACGUGAACGAGGGGUUGUUUUUGUAUUCGUUUUCGACUGCUUUGGUGCACCGGGAUGAUACUUUCGGUUUUGUGUUGCCACCAAUUUACGAGAUUUAUCCGUACUAUUUUUUCAACGGGGAGGAUAUAGAGAAGGCGCUGAGGUACAAACAACAGUACAACGGUGGUACUAAGACGUACACGAUUUAUUCCAACUACUCGGGGUACUACCUCAACUUAAACAAAGAACAGUCGCUGUCGUACUACCUGGAAGAUGUUGGUCUUAACGCCUUUUACUACUACUGCAACAUUUAUUAUCCCUUCUGGAUGGACGGGGUGGAGUUCAAACUCAAAAACGACCGACGUGGGGAACAGUACUACUAUUUGUAUCAGCAGCUUCUAGCAAGGUACUACCUCGAACGUUUGUCUAACGACCAAGGGGAGAUCGAGUUUUUCAACUACGAAGAACCCUUCAAGUAUGGGUACUACUCCUCUUUGCGGUACCCCAACGGGCUGGCUUUUCCAAACAGACCCAACUACGCCAAACUCACCGAAACGUAUUACAAUUACGGGCAAUCUUGGACCUUCAAGAGUCGCUACGGAUUCGCCUAUACAAAAAUCCAGGACAUAGAAAAGCGCCUGCGGGACUCCAUCGACGCUGGGUACAUCUUCAAGAAAGACGGCAAAUACAUUGACUUGCUAGCGUCAGACCAGAUUGACCUCCUGGGUAACUUGAUCGAGUCCAACCCGGACUCCGUCCACCCCAAUUUCUACGGACCAUGGCAAAUCUACGCCCGUCACCUCCUGGGGUACUCAUACCAACCUCUAAACAAAUACAAAGUGGCGCCAUCUGCCCUAGAACACUUCGAAACGGCUCAGCGUGACCCCGCCUUCUACCAACUUUACAAACGCAUCGUCCUCCACUUCCAACUCUACAAACUCUAUUUACCCCCUUACACCUACAACGAGCUCUACUUCCCUGGUGUGAAGGUCGAAAAAGUCGACUUUGAUCGCUUAUUAACGUACUUUGAUUCGUUCGACUCUGAUGUGACUAACGCUGUGUACAACGCUCCAAACGAAACGUGGGGUUCUUUCAAGGUGAAAAUCCGGCAACAGCGCCUCAACCACAAGCCUUUCACCUACCGAAUUAGCGUGAAGUCGGACAAAAGCGAAGAGGCGAUAGUUCGGGUGUACCUGGGCCCCAAAUUCGACGAGUACGGACGCGUUAUCGAAAUCGACCAAAAUCGUAUGAAUUUCAUCGAACUGGACGUCUUCAAGUACCAACUCCAAACGGGCGAAAACCGGAUUGAAAGAAACUCGAGACAGCUGUAUUGGUUCGUACCGGAUCGUACCACUUCUAGGGACUUGUAUCAAAAGGUAGUCGACGCGAUUGGCAACACUGAGCAAUUCCAGUUGGACUCGAGUGAGGCGUUUUAUGGCUUCCCGAACCGACUUUUGUUACCCAAGGGUAAGCGCGAAGGACAAGUCUUCCAGGUUUACGUCAUCGUGAACAAGUACCAAGCACCGGGACGUGCCGAGGUGCAACAGAACUAUUAUUUCCAUAGGGUUGGUACGGGAAUGAACUACAUCGACAACUACGCCUUCGGGUUCCCGUUCGACCGCGCUAUUGUCAGUUCGGAGUUCAAAGUACCCAACUCCCGUUUCCAGGAAGUCGUGGUUUAUCACAAGAAUGUAGACGAAUUGAACUCGUCGCAAGCCCAAAACGAACCAUAAUCUAGGGAUUUUCGUUUGGUUAUACUAUAUUGUACGAUUGGUUCCCCUGUAUCAAUAUAUUUAUAAAGCAUGAA